AUGACAGUGAUGGAGAACAGGACAGAAGUGACACAGUUCCUCUUGUUGGGACUCACUGAUGACCCAAAACUGCAGCUUCCACUGUUCACCACCUUCCUCCUCAUUUAUACCAUCACCCUCGUAGGGAAUCUGGGGAUGAUCCUACUGAUUCUCUUGAACUCUCGGCUCCACACUCCCAUGUACUUUUUCCUUGGUAAUCUUUCUCUGGUGGAUUUCUGUUACUCCUCAGCUGUCACCCCCACAGUCAUGACUGAGCUUCUUAGAGGAGACAAGGUCAUUUCCUACAAUGACUGUGCUGCUCAGAUGUUCUUCUUUGGAGGCUUUGCUACUGUGGAAAAUUAUCUGUUGGCCUCAAUGGCCUAUGAUCGCUAUGCUGCAGUGUGUAAGCCUCUACACUAUGCCACCACCAUGACUAAAAGUGUGUGUACAUGGAUGAUAAUUGGCUCUUAUGUCAUCAGUUUCAUGAAUGCCUCCAUCCAUAUUGCAGACAUAUUCACUCUCUCCUUCUGUAAGUCCAAUGUGAUCCAUCAUUUUUUCUGUGAUAUUCCAGCAAUCAUGGCUCUCACUUGUUUUGAUAACAAGUUUAGGGAACUAGCUCUUCUUUACAUUGAGAGUUUAAAUAUCCUUUUUGCUCUCAUAGUUAUCUUGACAUCUUACAUGUUAAUUUUUGUUACCAUCUUAAAAAUGCACUCAGCUACAGGACAUCACAAGGCUAUGGCCACCUGUGCCUCCCACUUCACAGCAGUGUCUAUUUUCUAUGGGACUGUCAUCUUCAUGUAUUUACAGCCCAGCUCUAAUCAUACCAUGGACACAGACAAAGUUACAUCUGUGUUUUACACAAUGGUCAUUCCUAUGCUGAACCCUCUGAUCUAUAGUCUGAGGAAUAAAGAGGUCAAGAAUGCAUUCUUAAAGUCAAUACUACAUUCUUACAGGUAA